AUGGAGUCACCCACAGGCAACCAGGAGGCUUCAGUGAGUCACCCACAGGCAACCAGGAGGCUUCAGCAACCAGGAGGCUUCACUGAGUCACCCACAGGCAACCAGGAGGCUUCACUGAGUCACCCACAGGCAACCAGGAGGCUUCAGCAACCAGGAGGCCUCAUGGAGUCAUCCACAGGCAACCAGGAGGCUUCAUGGAGUCACCCACAGGCAACCAGGAGGCUUCAUGGAGUCACCCACAGGCAACCAGGAGGCUUCACUGAGUCAACCACAGGCAACCAGGAGGCUUCAGUGAGUCACCACAGGCAACCAGGAGGCUUCACUGAGUCACCCACAGGCAACCAGGAGGCUUCACUGAGUCACCCACAGGCAACCAGGAGGCAACCAGGAGGCUUCACUGAGUCACCCACAGGCAACCAGAAGGCUUCACUGAGUCACCCACAGGCAACCAGGGGGCUUCAGCAACCAGGAGGCUUCACUGAGUCACCCACAGGCAACCAGGAGGCUUCAGUGAGUCACCCACAGGCAACCAGGAGGCUUCAGUGGGUCACCCACAGGCAACCAGGAGGCUUCAGGGCAUCCAAGUUAUCAAGCUGCUGGGAAGAGAGAGCUUGCGAGAACGGCGCCUUUGAUAAUAAUACCCGCGGUGAGUUUAUGAAAGUAGUGUUGUUUAGAGUAUGGCAUAUUCGAAGGCCCACAACACCAGGUGAAUAUGCUUAG